GCGAACAUGGAGAGACAAGUGUAUCUAUUUCCCUAUACACUUAAUCUUUCUCUUUAAUCCUUAAUCUCUAUGGCCGGCAAUGGCUUAAACAGGCAAUGGUGCUGUCAAUCAAUGGCAAAAGUGGAAGCGCAGCGGGCGUUAUUGUUGUGGCUGCUGUCUGUCUUUUCCCUUUUCCAAGAUGGCGGCGCCGGCUUCGCUGCCAGGCGAGGGCUGCUGCUGCGCUGCCGCGGGGCUUCCUAUUCGCCUUCAGCCAGGCUUUCCUAUACAAUAAUAACAAUAGAACAUGUCCGCCGCCGCCGCCGCCGUCGUCGUCGGUGCCUCUUGGCGGCGGGCUUCUCCUCCUCCUCCUUAGCGCCUCCUCUCUAUGCAAAGGCCUGUCCCCUCCUUCCUUGCCAUUCUCCCUCCCUCCUGAGGGAGGAGGGUCCUCCCUCCGUCCUCAGAGCGCGCUCGAGGAGCCUGGCGGCGGCCGCCGACACCCUCCUCCUCCUCCCUCUGCGCCUCGGCUUCCUCGGCAUGGCUGAGGCGGGCGCGGCGGGGACCGGGAACAACGCCGCCUCAGCCGCCUCCGGAGGGAGCAACGGGGCCACUGCGCCUCCUCCUCAACCUCCUCUUCCUCCUCCUCAGCAAGGCUCCCCGGCGGUCGCCGCUGCCGAGAGCCCUGCAGCCUCAGGAGGAGGAGGAGGAAGCGCCUCGACUCGCUCGGCGGGGAAGAAGGCGCAGCUCCGCUCCGCUCCCCGCGCCCACAAGCUGGAGAAGUUGGGCGUCUACUCCGCCUGCAAGGCUGAAGAAUCCUGUAAGUGUAAUGGCUGGAAAAACCCUAACCCACCUCCUACUCCACCCAGGGUAGAUCUGCAGCAGGCGGUUGUGGGUCUGACGGAGCCAUGUCGUAGCUGUAAUCAUGCUCUAGCUGCUCACGUUUCGCAUUUGGAGAAUGUCUCUGAAGAAGAAAUGAACCGGCUGUUGGGGAUUGUAUUGGAUAUAGAAUAUCUCUUCACCUGUGUUCACAAAGAAGAAGAUGCUGAUACCAAGCAAGUCUAUUUCUACUUGUUUAAGCUUUUGAGGAAGUGUAUAUUACAGAUGGGGAAGCCUGUUGUAGAAGGAUCUUUGGAAAGUCCUCCAUUUGAGAAGCCUAGCAUUGAACAGGGAGUUAAUAAUUUUGUGCAAUACAAAUUUAGUCACCUUCCAUCAAAAGAGAGACAAACAAUAAUAGAACUGGCUAAAAUGUUUCUAAAUCGCAUCAACUACUGGCACCUGGAGACACCUUCUCAGCGAAGACAAAGGUCACCUAAUGAUGACAUUGCUGGAUAUAAAGUGAACUACACAAGGUGGCUUUGCUACUGUAAUGUUCCCCAGUUUUGUGAUAGUCUACCUCGAUAUGAAACCACACAGGUUUUUGGGAGGACACUGCUGCGCUCAGUGUUUACCGUCAUGAGACGUCAACUUCUAGAACAUGCAAGGCAGGAAAAAGACAAACUUCCUCCUGAGAAACGAACGUUAAUUCUCACACAUUUCCCAAAGUUUUUAUCCAUGCUGGAGGAAGAGGUCUAUAGUCAAGGUUCUCCCAUUUGGGAUCCAGAUUUCAUAGCAUCAUCUUCUCAAAGUGCCCAACUAGGCAUCCAGACAGUUAUUAGCCGUCCUCCUGUGGUGAGGUCUGUUCCAUACAGUGCAAGCCCCUCAUCUCUGGAACAAUCCACUGGGGGAAAUAUGAGUCCUGCUUGCAAGGCUGCUUCUGGUUUAGACCCAAACUUAGGAGAAAAGAGAAAAAUUAAUGAGCCUUAUUCUGUGGAGGAUGCCAAGAAACCAAGAGUUGUAGGAGAUAUUCCCAUUGAGCUGAUCAAUGAAGUGAUGUCAACCAUUACAGAUCCAGCUGCAAUGCUUGGUCCAGAGACCAACUUUCUAUCGGCACACUCAGCUCGGGAUGAAGCAGCGAGACUGGAAGAACGAAGGGGAGUGAUUGAAUUUCAUGUAGUUGGGAAUUCCCUAAAUCAAAAGCCAAAUAAGAAAAUUAUGAUGUGGUUGGUUGGCUUACAGAAUGUAUUCUCACAUCAGCUACCCAGAAUGCCAAAAGAAUAUAUUACUCGUCUGGUCUUUGAUCCGAAACACAAGACGCUUGCAUUAAUAAAAGAUGGGCGGGUAAUUGGUGGCAUCUGUUUCCGGAUGUUCUUGUCUCAAGGAUUUACAGAAAUCGUCUUCUGUGCUGUGACAUCCAAUGAACAAGUCAAGGGUUACGGAACACACCUAAUGAAUCAUCUGAAAGAAUAUCAUAUUAAGCAUAACAUUCUCAACUUCCUUACUUAUGCAGACGAGUAUGCCAUUGGCUAUUUCAAGAAACAAGGUUUUUCUAAAGAUAUUAAAGUACCAAAAGCAAAAUACGUUGGUUAUAUCAAGGAUUAUGAGGGAGCAACUUUAAUGGGAUGUGAACUAAACCCAAGGAUUCCAUACACUGAGUUUUCAGUCAUCAUUAAGAAGCAGAAAGAGAUAAUUAAAAAAUUGAUUGAAAGGAAGCAAGCUCAGAUUCGGAAGGUUUACCCUGGACUUUCUUGCUUCAAAGAUGGAGUACGUCAGAUUCCUGUAGAAAGUAUUCCUGGAAUUAGAGAGACUGGAUGGAAACCAAGCAGCAAAGAGAAAGGUAAAGAACCCAAAGAUCCAGAUCAGCUCUACAGCACUCUAAAAAACAUUCUACAACAGGUCAAGAGCCAUCAAAGCGCUUGGCCUUUCAUGGAACCAGUGAAGAGAACAGAAGCCCCUGGAUAUUAUGAAGUUAUAAGGUUCCCCAUGGACCUGAAAACCAUGAGCGAACGGCUUAAGAACAGAUACUAUGUGUCUAAGAAGUUAUUCAUGGCGGAUCUGCAGCGAGUCUUCACUAACUGCAGAGAGUACAACCCACCAGAAAGUGAAUACUAUAAAUGUGCCAAUAUACUGGAGAAAUUCUUCUACACAAAAAUUAAGGAAGCUGGGUUAAUUGACAAAUAAUAAUUGUCUUUCUCAUGCAAUCAGGAUGUCUAAGAACAGCAUAUGCAGUUAUCUUUCAGUAGGAUUGGGACUUGUGUUUUAAAUAAUUUUGUUUUCUGAACUAGCACUUUUAAAAUAUGUAAAAUAGAAGAGUUUAUUUUAUUAAAAGUCUUUUUAAAUGUAUACCUGCAUGCUCUUUUGCAGUGUAUUUAACUUUUAUUAGAUGUAUUGCACAGACUGUUUGGAGAUUUGAAAAGGAGUUUUCCAAGCAGCGAAUGUUUAAGCUUAACGUAAUGCAGUAUCAAAUAGAAAAAUAGCUUUUUAUUUUUUACAGCAAAGAUGCUGAUGAAGAGGAAAAUGAGUUUUAUAUAUAUUUUAAUUAAACACUCAACUUAGAAGGUGCUAUGAGGGCAAGAAAUCACUGCUUUUAGAUGAAAAUCCCAAAACAGUUGCCAGCUUCCUUUAUGAAAUUGGUUCUAAACAUUUCUCUUCAUAAAGAAAAUCUGUUAAGAAAUGUAGCAUCACACUGAUGGCUAUGUGGGUCAUAUUCCCCAAAUACUACAAAUAAUACCUUUCCUACAAUUCUGCCUUGGGCUUUUUAUGCCAUAAAAGUGCAUUAAAAACCUUUAUCCUCAUUCUCCCUACUGCUACUGUGCAUGGAUGAAAAGAGAUCUAAAAUUCUGCUUUUCUUAUCUGGAACUAUAUGCCAUAAAAUAUUGACUCACGCUGAAGCAUGCGUGUAGAUUCUUGUAUGGAUAUAACCAGCACAAUUUGAGCAGCAGAUACACAUUCCUUUGUACAGCUGGUAAUAUGUGUCUGUGCCUUCCAUUCAGUGACAGGUGCUACUGCUUCUGUCCCAUAGCUGUUUGCACACACUUAACCAGGCUUAGAUCCUACCCACUGAAAUCAAUAGGACAAGUCAUGACUUCACUUAAUGAUUUUAGCGUCUAUGGUCAGGAUGACUGCAUCUUGAUCUGAUUCAAUACAUGCAUCUCUCUCUGGCUCAGCACCACCGAUGACCUUCUCAUGAAGGUUCUUAAGAGCAGUUUUGCAUAUAUUCUUGUUUCUCAGUGUUAACAUCUGAUACCUUCUGUCCUAUAUAUUAAAACAGAUCUAAGUGGGAAUUGCAUGGCCCUCCAGGCGUUUCUGAACUACAGCUUCCACUAUUCUUCACUAUUAGUUAUGUUGGCCAGAGCCAUACAGUUCCACCUGAACUGGUUUUUAAACCUUUCUAUAUCAAAACAAAUUAUCAGAGCAUUAACCAAUCAGCACAUCUGAGUGCAUAUAAGAAGUUAUUUCUUAUACUCUACAUAGAAGAUAUGAUUCCAUUUAUAUAACUGGUUGGGAUAGGGGUAGGAAGAGAUAUGCACUAACCAUGUAGUUCUGCUAGCAUGUUUUACCACACUGGCAGGAAAGGAAGAAAAUAUCAACGUUGUCUCCAUCUCCCUAACUUAAUUUCAGCAGUGGCACUGGAGAACUUGAGUUUCAUGCAGUUCUUGUAUGUGUUGGAAGUAUUUCACAAGUCAACCAAUCUGCAUUACAAAAGGAGUCUCAUUGUCCGCAGUAGUGUUUGUUCUAAUUCUAUGACUAGAUGACCCUUGAUAGAUGGUACAAAAAAUAGUCAAAAUGGGUAACAUAGAAAUGCCUUAGUGCUUUAUAUAAAAUCAGAUUUAUUUGGCUUUGUAUUUAAGGUACAAUGAUGCAACUGUGUAUUAGAGUAUUUAAGUAGUAAUUUUCAAGUAUUUUGUAAACUGGGCCAACAGAAUCACCUCUUAAGCUUGAUAACCUGUGAAAGUGUUAUUUUCAAAGAUUCUUAUUGUCUUGAAAUUAGAGUCUCUUCUAUAUUGAGAACACUUGGUUUCUAAUUUAAAGAUUAUUUUCAUAGAUAUUGUGCAAUAAAGCUAUAUAAAGUCCAAUGUGUUUUAAAUGCUUUAACUGAAAUUUUACAUUUGUAAAAUUAUUUAUUGUACUGGUAUAAAACGGAUUUAAAUUAUACAUAUAAAAUUAAUCUUGUGUGCUAUUUUGUAAUUUGCAUAUAAAAAUAU